GAGGGUUGCGGGGACCUCGGCAUUCGCAGCCGCCGUGCAGACGCGAUGCAUAAGCGCGAUCGCGUAUCUCCUUAGAUCCGUUACUUUUGCCUUUCUAAGAUAGGUACGUUCCUGAAGUGAGGGGAUAGGAUAGAUUAUCAUAUAAUAUUUCAGGAUGCGGAACGAGUCGAAAUUCGUCACCGAGUUUCACUUUCGCCUCCGUUUCACCUCGUCCAGAGAGGGUUGAAGUGGUGACCGUGGGGGAUUAAAUGAGGCAAAGUGAACAUGGCAUUGUUCGCGGUGUUAUACUGAAAAUUCAACUUUUCUUCCUGUCGUUUUGAAUUUGGAUAAUUUCUUGUCCUUUUUUUUUUUUUUUUUUUUUUUAAAAAAAACUUUUUUCCCUCAAAAAGUUAUCGUCUUUGUUUCUUCCGUCUUUCUUCCGUUUUUUUUUUCCACACAUCUCGCGCAACGUUUUAUUCCGUGUGAAAAUGCCGUACAAGCAGUUAUAAAGCGAGAGUACCUGACGUAGGCUUAAGGCAGAUUCGCGCGCGUAUGUGAAGAAGGUUAAAUAGGAUUAAGGAUCCUUUCACAGCGGCGCUCUUUACUGCCCCGAAGUAGGAUUACUCAUCGUAAUUGUAGGCGCGAUGGCGAAUCUCUCCUCAGCUCAUCGUCGAUGCUGUACACGUGUACCAUGCGUGUAUACACGACGUACACCUACACGCGAAAAUCAAAGGAGGGUCUGGACAAAAAACGAAGAGGGCACAAAUUGGGAGAAAAAGUAAAAGAUGGGCUGGAUUUUGACGGGUUUCGGUGUCACCCUGGCCGUUUUUAUCGCCGCAGGAAUUGUCUUGGUGCUUUUUAGAAGAUAUCGCGUGGGUUGGCAAUGGGGAGCGAGAAACGUGUGGAGCAUCUGCGAGGAGUGUAGACAAAGAUUAUCCUGGCUUUGGGCUCCGAGGGAGGAAAAGGUCGGACUGGUCAAGGCUCAGCAUCCGACGGGUCAGACUAUUCCCGGUUUGUAUCGGCAGGCCGGAAACACCUCACACCACAUCCUCCACAGCGAGAGCGACUUGAGAUUGGACGCGCAAGGAGCUUUCACGAGGUUCGAAUCGGUGGACAGGGACCUGCAUCCUCCGAUCGGAGGGACCUCGAUACCUCCCCAGCCUCUGAGACCGGCACCGCAACCGAAGCCGAUAGCUCGACCGAGACCGUCGCCUCUGCAUGCGCCAAAUGCGAGCGAAAAUCUGCGGCUACAGGACAUCGGUCCGGCGCCCUUAACGCCCCCGCCUCAAGGAUUGCCGGCCCCUGGUAACGGGCCCCAGCAUCGGGGGCAGAGCGCGUUCAUAUUUCCAAGCGAACCGAAGCCGGGAUACAAGUACGAAGUUAAGCAGGCGAUGAAGCACAGCAGCGAAAGCUCCCAGACGAAUUCGCACGGGGUUUUCGGUGGCGGGGUGUUUCAAAAUUCGGGCCUAGGUCAGUGCCAGGAUUACGUGUUUCCGAGCGGCGGUUACGACGGCUUGAAGAUGAAAUCCGAUCACGAAAGUUUCGCGGGAACCGGAAGCUUCCAGCAGUACGGAUCGGCGGGCGAGCAGCGAGCCGUGAGGUACCCCGUAUUACCUGCAACGAAAGAAGAAACCGAGCAGCUUGCGGAGCCUUUCGGGAGUCGCGAAUCGGGCCAGAGAACCCUCGGAUCGAUUUACAAUCCGAGACACGCGCGAACCGAGCUGAGAUCUUCGCUGAGUGGCUACGCCGGCGGCUCGUCAACGGCCCAGACAAUUAUGGAGUCGAUUUACGGCCCCCAGGCGGCCUCGAAGAUGCUUCAGAACGGCCAGAACGGCACCGAGACGAGCUGCUGCAACAGCCAAGGCGGCGGCUCGUCGCAGAAUCAAAGCUUGAUUGAAAUGACACCGUUCAGAGCGCAACUACAAAACGUACCUGAGGGAGAGGCCGGGGCCUCCCACACGAUAGGACAUAACGCAAUGGCCAAGUCUCAAGGGUUUCAGAACGCCUCGCAGAUGAUGCAGAGCAAACAACCGGUGAUAUAUUCGUUUUACGCCGGCCAGAAUAGCCAGACGACAGCGCAGGAUCAUAAAACGAUUUCCCAGAGUACUUCCAAGGGGAGAGGACUGCAGGACAAUGCCUCCGUUUCCUCGCUACUCUCCGACAACCCGCAUCCCGGUCCAGUUCCACCCCCGGCACCUCCUGACCCGCCCAACGGCGGAAAUUCCACGUUGAGAAAAAACGGACCAACAACCGGCGAACGCAUAUUCAACGCCCUGAGAUCAGUCACGUCGCAAAGUUACAUCGACGCCUCCGAGUUUUACAACUCGGUACUAUCCUCCGCUCAGCAAGUCCAGAGGUUCACGUUUCCACCCUCCGAAUCAUCCGAAGACGGUACACCGAGUCAUCGGACACCAAACGAUGCUCAAGGGUUCUACGUGGAACCGGAAAUGCCGGGAUUAACGAAGACGGGACGAGGCUCGGACCUUUACAGCCCCGAGCUUAAUUUGGAGGCUCACAGAACGGCGCAGGAGGUAUACAACAGUCUCCAGGAUCCACCUGCAUCCCCGUUACUUCUAAAGGACCUCAGCCAGGAACCUCAUCCUUAUCUCACGGAUCCCAGUUUCACAAGGACAUCGGAGGAUAUUUUCAACAGCCUUGAACAGAGGAGAAAAAGCAUGGAGAGACUGAACGGUUUUCAAGAUUAUACCGAAGUGGAAAUAACAGACCCCCCAAGAAGACGGAGUAAUCAGGAUCUCUGCACCGCUUUGGAAGAGGUUCAAAUGAAACGAAGGCUCUCCCAGUCCGCCGAAGAAUCCUACCCGGGAUUCGGGAUUGGAGAGAUCGUCGAAUCGUUGCCGGACAGUCGGCGGGGAUCUCAGGGACCCGAGCCUGAACCACCGCCCGACGAAUCAACCCUGAAAAGAGCUGUGAGUUGCGACAGCGUCUGCUCGGACACCAGCGUGGUCCUCGGUGAUCUGGAGGAAACUCCGAUCGUCGGGCAUCUCUGCGUUGGUCUCGAGUACGAGCGAUGGGGUGGACGAGGUGGCGAAGGAGAUCUGACGGUGAGCGUCCUCGAGGCCAGGGACUUGAUUACCUCGGACGGAAGACCCGCCCAGAACACGUUUGUCAGAGUUUGUCUUCUUCCGGACAGACAAACGCACGUUCAGACAAGAUUGUACCGAAGCUCGCCGUCGCCGAGUUACCAGGAAAAGUUCCUCUUCCCUUUGGACGGUGGUCCCGUGGGACGUUCUCUGCUGGUUGAAGUCUUCUCGGUUGACAUUAGCAUGGGUGGCGGCGCCUCGCUCCUCGCCGAAGCCAGUUUGAAAUUAGGUCCUGCACCACGACCACCCGCAACCACGUGGCUGCCUCUUAUCGGCACCGCCUUGCCGAUUCCCCAUCUCGGUGAAUUGAUGUUCUCUUUGAGCUACCUACCAACGGCCGAGAGGCUAACUCUGGUCGUGGUGAAGGCGAGGAAUUUACGAGGAGCAAAUCCACUACCCGGUGACACGUUCGUCAAGGUAUACUUACUGCAGCAUGGUAAAAAGAUGCACAAAAAGAGAACGUCCGUGAAGAAGGGUGAGAAGAGUCCGAUUUUCAACGAGGCAAUCAUCUUCAAUGUACCUGCUCAUGCGUUACAGAGUAUCCAACUGAGGCUAACCGUCGCCGAGGCCGGGGAACCCAGGGCUUAUCCCGUGGGACACGUAAUCGUUGGCGGAGAUGCUUCGGGACGAGCGUUGGCGCAUUGGAGGCAAAUGCUGACCGCCCUGAGGCGUCCCGUGGCGAUGUGGCAUCCCCUCAGGAAGUGAAAUUUACAAGAGGCGAAACAGGCAUAGAAUCGGAAACAGGCCGUGAUCGUGAUCGUAUACCUGCAUUACGUUAUGCAUUAACUAUAUUACAGUAGAACGCUAGAAAUUGAAAGAGAUAUCUACCCGGUGGUGGUGGAGAAAUAUAGUAUAUGAAGUUGUAAUUACGAUAAACGAACUAGUCACGCGAGAGAAAAUAAAUUAUAAGUCACACGAUAGGUUAAAUCUGAAAAAAAUUUCAAGAGAAACGUUCAACUGGCUAUUGAUAUCGGAAUGCAUCACGAAUAUACAUUUCGUACAAAAUUGACAUGGAAGGAAAGAAAUAAUCGUUAUCACCGCGGUAAAGUAUAAAAUAUUAUCAUAAUUAUUGUUAUUAUUAACGUUUAUUGGUACUUGUAUAGGAGCGAAUUACGUAAAAUAUUGGAUAAUGAAUAUGACGUGUGAAAAUAAUGUACGCCAGGAUAGUGUGUACGCGAUAAGUUCGAUUACAGGAAUAAGUUAUACCGAUUACAGGAAAGGAACGAACAGGAAAAGAAAUUGCAGCCAAAUCGUAUGUAACGCAGACUGUUUACAAACGAAUGAUUUGUAAACAAAUUGUUUCAUACACGAAGAUUCGUAUGAGGAAAAAAGUUUAAUAGAUUGUUAUCGAGUGUAAGUUAAAUUUAUCAGCUAUUGGUGUAAAAGUACGAGUGAAUUUCUGUUCAUUAUACGUAUUUAAUAUCGCUGCGAUUAUCGAUGUUCAUCACAUCACAGACUGAAGUCUACGGAAUGCAUUGGUAUCAAAUCAUUAGUAAAAAGAAAAACUAUUCGAUAUUAAUGUAAUACACGAUUAGUUAUAGUUUAAGGAAGGAGCCUGGUGACAAUUUCAAAGAAAUACACUACCGGUUCGUUUUUUUUUUUUUUUUUUUAAUUUCGACGUUUCAUACUCAAUUUUCUUCAUCUUUCUUGACCUUAUUCGUAUUGACACUGAAGUAAAAUCAUUGGAUAUUGCUUAACUCACACUUGUCUUACUAGACAUCAAAUCUUAAAAUAGAGCUUCUUGAAAGAGCAAACUUUAAUUUGGUUGAAAUAACAUUUUCAUUUUAAAAAAUGUGUGCCCCGUUUAAGGUUUAGUUGUGUCCUCCCUUGAAGAUGAUACAAGAUUCGCGACUGUUCGGAAAAAUAAAUGAAAAAAUUAAUUUUAAUUUCUACGGUGAGCAAAAAUUACGGGAUUUAAAUUACCUGUGGUUGAGAAAAUAUCAAGAAAAGUUGUGACUAGACGAAGUAAUUGAAAUUCUCAAACGUAUAAUUAUAUAUACCCAGCUGGACGGUUAUUAUAAGUAAUUAACGAUUGUAAUAUAAUUUGUGUUACAUUCGAUCAGUGGUAGUGCUAGUGUAUGAAAUUAAAAAAAAAAAAAAAAAAAUAUAUACAUAUAUAUAUUUAUUAUUUCAAGUAUAGUAUACAAGAAAACUGAAAAACGCGUAAGAAGUGAAAAAGUUGAAAUAUUGUUAUUUGCAAUGCAAUGUUAACCUUUGUACAGAGUUUAUUAGCGAUGUAUUUAACGUGCAACGUGUCUUACAAAUUGAGAUUUGAAAGAAAAAUUCUUUUUUCUAAAAAAAAAAAAAAAACAAAAAAACCUAAAAAAAAAACUAAAAAACUUUCAUUCAACAUACUAUAUGAUAAAUAAAAAAAAAAAAAAAAAUACUAUAAUUGUCGCUUGAAUCACUACUAUUCGAAAGAAGGAGAAAACAGAAGGAAAAAAAAAAUUAUCAACUUCCAUAUUUUUUACACUCACAAUAUAUUAACCGAAUUAUUACAUAUUCUUAAACGCCUGCGUCUACGUAUAUAAUAAAUAUAUCCGAGAAGAUCCGUAAAUUUCUUUUGGCCAAUAAUCACAACCGCCAGGGUGAUUUACGGAUCGUGACAAGAAAGUUGUUUAAAACAUUGUACUAUACUUGGCCUUCUCGACCUUAUAGUCUAUACCUCUACAUAACUUUUGUACCUCUUCGUAAAGCGUCUUGAAAAAAAAAAAAUGAAAACGUUAUACCUAUUACGUGUAUAUCUCAUCAAUUGUUACACAUAUUACAACUACUUCCUGUAUACCCACAUUAUAAUAUACGUAUAAAACAUAUUAUAUUAUAUUAUAGGUAUAUAAAAUAUACGUAUACACUUUGCCAUAACUUUAAUUCAUAUUUAAUCAGGUUUUUUCUAUCGCCAAUACUAUGGGACUAAUACUGCUAAAUUAAUAAUAUACAUAUAUACACAUAAAUCAUAUUUCAUUCGACUUCGAACUGUAAGUUUCAAACGUAAGAGAAAUGACAAAAAAGAAAAAAAGAUUAAAGAAUUAAAAAUGUUUACCUCCAUAUUUGAAAACGCAUACAUACGUAUAAUUAUAUGAUUACGUAUACAAUACCGAAUAUACAAUACAUAUGCAUAUGUGAAUUCAUACAUACUGGUAAGAAAUAAUUACCAUUAGCACUGUUGUACAUCAGCACAAAAAUUGAAUCCUCUAUUCUUAAUACGUGCGUGUAUGUUAUAAUAUUAAAUGAUUAUUAUUAUUAGUAUUAUUAUUAUUUUUAUUAUCACUGUUGUUGUUGUACAUGAUGUGAGGUGCGUAUCGUAAACACACAAAGACAAAGAAUACAAGCGAAAGGAAAAAUAUGACGAAGCUUGCGAUGGAGGCAAUAGUAUAAUAUUUUAGCUGCCGGUGCAUAUUUGUCUGUGUGUGAAAUUUUACUAACAAAUUUAGUUUUGAGACAGGGGCUAGACUGUAGCGUAAUCAGUUUUUUCAAAUAACAAAGCAUGCGAGUGGCGAUAUUGCGGCAUUGCAAACGAUGGAGACAAUAAUAGAGCUAGACGAUUUGCCCUAUAAUGGUUAAUGAAAAAGAAGUAAUCAUUAUUUUUCAAUGCUUUUUUAUUGCUUUUUCAUUAGUCUCAUUUCGAGUAAAAAUACCAGGCCAAAUAGUAGUUUAAAAAAUGUCCACUAACAUAUCCAUUGUCGAUAUGUCACGAUAUCAUAGUUGAUAAAACUAGCAAUUUCUUCAAGUAUUUCUAUUUAAAGGUAUUUUUCUUUUUUUUUCUCCAAUUAUGGGGUGAAUUGCAUUUCAACUAUGGGUGUAAUUAGUGGUGAUUACACGCUCAGAACGUAUGGCGAAUGCCAGAGAAAAAAAAAAAAAAUACUGGGAAAUUUAAAUUAUUUUAUAUUUUUGUUACGCCUCUCUGUGAUAUAAUAAGGGCACAUUCACACCACCCUGUAUAAUGCAUUAAAAUCGAUGUAUCUCGUUAUAAGGUGAAAAAAAAAAAAAAAAAUUAGUUUGGAAACAAGAAAAAUGUGAAAAAAAAGAGGGGAAAAAAAAAACUGUCCUUGCCCAACUG